AUGGCUUUCAUUCUUGUCACGCUCUGCUGCGUCUUCGCAGCUAUCGGUUCGUUCUUAUUUGGCUAUGACUCUGGUGUGAUAUCUUCCAGUAUCGAGCAAGAUGCUUUUCUGGACCGAUUUGGGUCUCCUGGCCUGUCCGAUGCCGCUAGUGGCGGCAUCAUCUCUUCAUACACUGGCGGUGCAAUUGUGGGAUCAUUGCUUGCCUCCUAUAUAUCCGAUAGCUGGGGCCGUAGAAUGGUCAUCUUUAUCGGUGGACUACUCGCCACCCUCGGGGCUGCCCUUCAGGGAGGAGCCAUCACCAUCGCGAUGCUCAUCGCUGGCCGAUUCAUCGCCGGUUUCGCCAUCGGUCUCAUGUCAGCAACUAUACCCGUAUACUGCAGCGAGAUUGCACCGCCCCAUAUCCGGGCUUCGCUCGCUAGCAUGCAGCAGUGGAUGAUCGGUCUCGGAAUCAUGGUUGCCCAAUGGGUUGGAUACGGCUGCUCUCUACAUACGAGUGCCUUCUCCUGGCGAUUCCCCCUAUCAUUGCAGACGGCACCGGCUAUUAUUUUAACCUGCGGUGUCUGGUUUAUUCCGGAAUCUCCUCGCUGGCUCAUCGAAACGGGCAAGGAGGGUGCGGGUCGCUCGGUAUUGGCCCGUUUACAUUUGAACCGCGAUGCGACAAACAGCCAACUUGUUGAGCAUGAACUGGCCCAAAUACACGAGAGCGUCGCUUACGAGCAUCAGUCUGUCGUCCGGUCUUGGCGUCAUAUCCUGUUCUCUAAGCAAUGGCGCUGUCGGAUCCUUCUGGCUUGCGGUUUGCAAGCAUUCACUCAAACGUCUGGAACCAACGUAAUUCAAAAUUAUGGACCUAGGAUUUACAAAGCACUUGGCUUGUCUACAUCAACCUCUCUGAUGAUCAUCGGUGUCUGGGGCGCGCUGGCGUUGUUCUGGAAUACCGUGUUCAUGUUUUUCGUCGACAAGGUCGGUCGGCGCAAGCUACUCAUCCCAUCGCUAGUCGGCAUGGGUGCAGUGAUGUGCGUGGAAGCUACACUCGCCCGUUAUGUUGACUUAAGCGACCCAAACGCCAAUGAGGAUACACUCCGUGCUGCGAUUGCCAUGUUCUUCGCCUUCUCAUUAUUCUUCACGUCCCUCGGUAUCAUAUCAUGGGUCUACCAAUCCGAGAUCUUCCCUACCUCCAUCCGAUCUCGAGGCUCAUCAAUCGCAACCGCCACAAAUUGGAGCUUGAACUUAAUUUUUGCCCAGUGCUCGCCAAUCGCGUUGACAAAUAUGGGCUCCAAUUAUUUCUACGUCUUUGUAGGCUUCAACUGGGCUGCUGCUUUUGUCGUUUUCUUCUUCUACCCGGAAACAGCUGGGUAUUCCCUUGAGGAGGUUGAUGAGGCAUUUUCCCGUCGGUAUCAGACCGAGCAAGCAGAGGUCACUCUUACGACUUCCGCUAGCCCUGAAACUGUGGAAUCACGUUCUCGGGUUAGGCAUAAGGGGAUGCAUCCUCUAUCUAUGCACCCGACUCACAGCGGGAGCUGGAGUAGCAUUGUUGGUUCAUCUCCCAAGCUGUGGAGUAAAAAAAUGGCGGAUGUAUAG